UGCAUCAGCAGUCAUUUUGAGUUCCACUUCUUUAAGUUUUUAAUCUUUUUAAUUUGGAGAAUGCCAGUAAAUCACCUGCUCUUAUUACUUGUUUUUCUCCCUACCUUCAAAACAGGAUUCAGUGCUGAGAUCACCGUGUUUGCGAUGACGGGAGCUUCUGUUCGACUGGAUUUACAGACACAUCUACAAGCAAAGAUUAAUGGCUUAGAGUGGGAAAAAGACAACUCAACCUCAAUAGUUAGAUAUGUUCGUGCAAAGAAACAACUCAAAUAUGACAGUUCUUACAAGAAAAGAACGGAUUUCAAUAUUGAAACUUUCUCUGUGACACUGAAUAACAUAGAGGAUACAGACAAUGGACUCUACACAGCAACGGCAAAUGAUGAGACAUUACUUGCUGCAUACAAAUUAUAUGUUUAUGAUGAAGUGGUGGCUCCUGUCCUGACUGUGAACUCAAACCUGUCCAGCAGUGACUACUGUAUUGUGAACUUCACAUGCAGAAGUCAUUACUUCACACUUAAUUCCACAUAUAAUAGCGGUAGUUGCUCUCCAAAGAAAGAAAUAUCAGAUGAAAUGAACGCUGCAGUGCAAAUCAACUGCAGUGAGAAAUAUAUCAUCUGUAACCUCAGCAACCCUGUCAGCUGGAAAGAAGACAAAAUAUACAUUAAUGAGCUCUGUGUUGAUAAAGAUCAAAACCCAGAGGAGUACGAGAAGUCAGCCCCCUGGUGGCUAGUAGGUGUAGGUGUUCUGAUGAUCAUUUUGGCAUGUCCAGUUAUUCUCUAUCUCAAGUCUAAAAAAGGUGGCCAGAUGGAGGUAGUACAAGAUAGUACAGUCUAUGCACAAGUUGAGACUCAGGAAAUGCAGAAACUCAACAGUGACUGCAAUACAUAUGAUAUUCCAGAGCAGGUUCAAGCCAAGACACAAAAGGAAACUGGAGAUAAACGGCCUGAAACAACCUACUGCACAGUAGGACAACACCAAAAACCAACAAUUACCCCUGACACAGACCGUACAAUUUAUGCAUCGGUGUGUAAACUUUCAACCAAGGACCGACCUGCCAAUUCAUCAGAUGACACUUUAAAAUAAACUGUGGGAAGUUGUCACAAGGCCUGAUUACGAAAUGAUAUCCUAGUCUUACUAUCUCAGCCAUAUUUUUAUGUGGUAGACAUAAUGUGAACAUGCCUAUAUGUUAUUCAGAAAUUCAGUAAAGGAUAUCCAAUUAAGGUGUGUUUUUUUUUCUAGUAUUAGCUUAAUAUUGGAUUUAAACAUCCAGAUCUAAACUGUUUUACUUUAUGUAUAAAUGACUAAAUUUGAUUUGUUGAUUUUAAUAUUAACUGGAGUAAACAGACAACUAUCCCCACAUGGGAAUUUAGUAUAGUUUAAAAUAGCUGAAUAUAAUAUUUACCUCACUUCUCAUGUUAUAUUUAACAUUUCAGUUUAAAUGGAGCCAGACAGGCUAACAAAGCAUAAAUGCAAAAACAGUACGCCAAAUCACAAGUCUUUUCGUGCAUUUUGUCUGACAACCACUAGAUCGCGUCACUGUAUCUUAUUUAUUACGUUAUAUCUUAUUUGAAUUGUACUUUUGAUGAUUCUCGGCUUAGUCUCCCCAAAUAGCUUUGGUGUGAUUCUAAGGACUGACCAAGAAUAAACACAAAAGUAUCAUUUAAAUAUGAUAACAAAUAAUGAACACAUUUGCAUACAAAGGUGUAAUAUGAGGCAAAACAAACAACAGUAGUCUUAGGCUGCACAUCCUCUUCCAUGUACAGUACAAAAGCACACACAAAGAAAACAUGCCAAAAACAAAACGAAGCGGCUAUUAUGAAGGGGUGAGGUUUGUCUUUAAUUUCACAUAUAUACCCAGUUUUAACUGUUAAUUAACUAUUCUGCAGUAUUUUUCCCCACUUAACUAAAUCGAGUCGUUCUCGACAAACAAAAUAUGGUUGUUUUUAACAGAUUUUUAUAUUUCAUACAUUUUUUAUUUUGAAUUGAGUCUUGAAUUAAGUUUUUAAAUUAAUUGUUUUAUGCAAACCACCUUAUUUUGCAGCAGGGAUUCUCAACCGGUGGGCCGCAGCCCACUACACUGUAAAAAAUAAAAAACACAAUUUGUUGAGUCAGCUUAAAAUAAUUUGUUACCCUGCUGCCUUAAAAUUUUAAGUUCAGUCAACUAAAAUAAGUUUAGUCAACUUGAAAUGUUAAGUGGUACUAAGUAACAACUUAGAUAUUUGUGUUUGCUAAACUUAACAGAUGGGUAAGUAACCCAGCUGCCUUAACAUUUUAAGUUUAUUCAACUCAAAUAUACAAGUUGUCACUUAGUAUAAUUUAACAUUUCAUGAGAUAGCUUAAAAUUAAUUUAAAUAUUAUCCUAAAAUUGUUUAAUUUCAUUAUUAAUGUUUUAAAUUAAAAUGAUCAAAGCACAGCCUCUCGUGUUCUGUGAUUGAUUGCUUCGGACUCGGCGCAACAAACCUCAUUGCACUGUUAAAUACAGACCGAAUGGCGGCUCAAAACAUAACCGCAAAUUUCAUUUUAGAGACCUGCACGAGACUCAUGUUUUAGUCCCGCUUCUGCAAGAUUCUGUCCUGCAAGAUUUCGUACUGCUCCCAUCCGUGGUAUUCAUGUUUUGUCCCGCUCCUGCCCGCAAAAGCCUGCAUAAAAGUAACCUUUGUAGACAUUUUUCACUACAUCGAUGAAAUGUACAUAAAAUAGUUCUGUAACAUCUCGUAAUUUCCACAAGAUCUCGGCAUAAACGCUCCCGAUAAAAUAUUUGUUAUGUAGGCUAAGCAUCAACAUUUAGAAACCACUGCUAUUCUUAACAGAAAAGCAAGCAUCGGAUGCUGCGUGCAUGCAUGGCAGACUGCGAGCAAACAACACCCCUUAAAGCUGACAUCUCAGUUCAUCGCGAUCUCAUAAAGCUUUUAUAACACAAUGAAUGAAUAUAUGCACAGUGAAUCUUCCACAAUGUCUACACUUCGUGUGUUGCAAUGAGAGGAUUCGCGAAUACAUAACAUUUAGCACUGUGCAAAAGCAUACGCGGUGAGUGGAUUCUAACUUAAACACCUCUGAUUGGUCAAUGCGUUCCAGAAAUCAAAAGAUGGCUACAUUGCUCAAGCUGCAAAUACGUGUUUUAAAUCGAAACGGCCUAUUCUUGCGCCGGUUAAUCAUUUUUAUGUUAUAUUAGUUGUUUUUGUUGCUUUAGUACAAUAGAUAAAUAACAGUUUAUAUGUUUUUUAUUUUAUGUUUUAUGUUUAGAUAUUUCUAUUUGCGAUUCUUGCGAAUCAUUUUAUUCUCCCGCAUCCUGCCCGCACCCGCACUCGUCCAUUAAGUUUUGCACCGCACUCUGUUGUAGGAGUGUAGGUCUCUAAUUCAUCUCUUGGCUGCAUGAAACAAACCGUCACGCUAAUGUAAAGGUAAAGACGAUCAGAUUGAUAGUAACGAACGUGCGCAAUUUAUGACGCUCUUGUUUAACAGAGUCGUAUAUGCAUAUGUCCGCUAUUGACUUACAAGCUGUUCGCGCUUUCGGGGCUCUGGUCCCUAGUAUUUUUGCAUGAAAUUUCAAAACAUUUGCGUAAUUGUCAAAAUGAAUGUCCUGUGAGUGUUUUAUAUGGAUGCUCACCCAUAGAGAAGGAUCUUGUGAGGCUCAGUGGUGUUUAUGUAUAUGAGCAGCUUCAACAGAGUUAGAAUGUAUCUGCUGUAUUUUUAAUUUGUACGUUUUUAUUUCAUAAUAGAUACAAAUAAUAGAUAUGUCAGUCAAGUUCAAAUGGACAGGUUUAGUGAGUGGUCUUUUGGCAUCUCCCUGUUAUCCUGUUUGGCAGGUUCACUUACUUAAGAAAAGGUACUCUGAAGUUGUAAAGAAUGUCUGAAUUAAAGAAUUCAGGAGCUUUAAAUCUGUAUAUAUGUUAAAAAGUUAAAAGAGGGUUUUCUUAAAAAGUAUAGCUUUAAUUUAAGGUUUGUUUGUAUUUUGAUUUUUUUUAUAUAUAACAUGCAGUAGUAGAAUAAAAAGGCAAAACAAAUGUUUUAAUAAAAAGGUUUAAAAAUAAACACCUUUAGAGGAAAUGUCAGGCAUGGGGGGCCUUGCAAAAGGAGGAGGAGGUGGGCCCCGGCGUAAAAAAGGUUGAGAACCCCUAUU